CCCACCAAUGGAAACCCUACAAAGAUCUCUGUAAAGAUUUCUGAAAAUGGAGAGAUAAUCUCACUUAUUGUCUUUAUUUUUUUUUCGUUUUUUCUCUUCGUUGAUGGGCUCCCUUUAUUAACCCGAGCUAUAGUCUCCAUCUUCCAACCGGAUAUAGAAAGAAAAAAGUAAAAGAAAAAUUGUUCGAAAAGCAGGUAAAUAUAUAUAAACACGAAUACAAAUCUCUGUGAACUAUAAAUGGCGUCUGAGCUGAAACAAACUCUAACCAAGAGAUAUGGUGCUCUUCAACUUUGGGAGAUCAUAGUGAUUGCUCUGUUUGCAGCUUUCAUAGUAAUCCUCGGCAUUUCAGUAUGGCUCAGCUUCCGUAAAAAAUCAAGAAGACCUAACUUAACACAGCUUCCCGUAGCUCAAAGCCCUCGCCUUCCUGAAGAAAUCAAAGAAAUAAGUGUUGACCAUGUCUCAUCCAACAGCAAUGGUACUUGUCAUCAAACUCUUGAUGAGAAAUUCGGCGAGAAUAAUGACAUCGAGAAUGGCAAUAACUACUCUGGUUCUCUAGAGAAAAAAACUCCGGUCGGGUCACAUUUGCCUUGUUCUACUUCUCCAACAACAUCUCCUUCACCUCUCUCUGGUCUUCCCGAGGUUUCUCACAUUGGUUGGGGUCAUUGGUUCACUCUCCGUGACCUUCAACUCGCGACCAAUCAAUUUGCCAAGGAGAAUAUCAUCGGUGAUGGUGGCUACGGAGUUGUGUACCAUGGUACUCUAACUAACAAAACCCCUGUAGCUGUCAAGAAACUGCUCAACAAUCCAGGGCAAGCCGACAAAGAUUUCAGAGUUGAAGUUGAAGCAAUAGGACAUGUCCGGCAUAAGAACUUAGUUCGGCUUCUUGGAUAUUGUGUUGAAGGAACUCAUAGGAUGCUGGUUUAUGAGUACAUGAACAAUGGGAACUUAGAGCAAUGGCUUCACGGAGACAUGAAUCACCAAGGACAUCUCACGUGGGAGGCUCGGAUCAGAGUUCUUGUUGGCACUGCAAAAGCGCUGGCUUAUCUUCAUGAGGCUAUUGAGCCGAAAGUGGUGCAUAGAGACAUAAAGUCGAGCAAUAUACUGAUGGAUGACAACUUUGACGCCAAGUUAUCUGAUUUCGGUCUUGCUAAAUUGCUUGGAGCUGAUAAAAGUUACGUCAGUACUCGAGUAAUGGGAACAUUCGGGUAUGUCGCGCCUGAAUAUGCUAACUCCGGUCUCCUAAACGAGAAGAGCGAUGUGUACAGCUUUGGUGUUGUUCUCUUGGAAGCUAUUACGGGAAGGUACCCAGUGGAUUAUGCGCGGCCUAAAGAAGAGGUGCAUAUGGUGGAGUGGUUAAAGCUAAUGGUGCAGCAGAAACAGUUUGAGGAAGUGGUUGAUAAAGAGCUUGAGAUCAAACCAUCAACAAGCGAACUUAAACGAGCGCUUUUAACAGCUUUGAGAUGUGUUGAUCCUGAUGCAGACAAGAGGCCAAAGAUGAGUCAAGUGGCUCGAAUGCUUGAAUCAGAUGAAUAUCCUGUAAUGCCUAGAGAGGAACGAAGACGAAGGAGAAGUCAGAACGCAGAGCUGCCUAGAGAAAGCACAGAGACGAAUAUAGAUGAGAUAAUAAGAGAUGCAAAGAUUUGAGUAACAGACAGAAACAUCGACCCUUUUUAUAAACUUUGGGGUUGAAAAGAAGAAAAACCUUUAGAUUCUUUGGAGAUUGUUUAGAUUCUUUACAGUAAUUAUGGGUUAAUUAUGUGAUAUAUCAUACAUACAGAGAGAAGAACAAUAUUUGUUUCUAUUUGUCUGGAGGAGAGGGCUUUUGUAUAGCUUUGUUGUACCUUUAUUACCUUCAUACACGGUCAGUUACAGACUGUUAAUUUUACAAGGU